UCCUGGCCCCCGGCGAGGGCUCAGCCAGCGGUAAGGUCGGCGACUAAGCCUUACUGUAAGCCGGACAGCUAGAGGAAAUUUCCUUUUUCCCCGCUUUCUCUUUCCGCCGGUGUCUUAUGGUGCGAGGACUGCCGCAUGCAACAGCCCGAAGUAAAGGGCUCUGCACAUCUUCCUUCUGCUCAAGCUCUCCCGGAGGACCUCACGGCUGCUUCAGGCUGCAGGAAAAUGUACUGGGGAAAUCAGGUUAGAAUUCUUUUCACUGUGACUCUGGUCUGGCAGGCUGUUCAUUUAGAAAAAGGCCCUGAAAAAGAAGAACGUAAAGAAGAUGUGAAAAGUCUCAAUGCCACAGCACAAAAGCAGCAGCUCAAGAACGAAGGGACCUUUAGAAAUGCCCUCAGUGACAUGAAUCAGAGUUACGAAAGUAGAAAGCAACAGAGUUCCAGGUCAUUCGUACCUUUCACUGGAAUUACAGAGAGUAAAAAACUGAAUAGACACUGCUGCCAGAAUGGAGGGACUUGUAUCCUGGGGACCUUCUGUGCCUGCCUAAAGCACUUCACUGGAAGAUACUGUGAACAUGAUGAGAGGCUAAGCAACUGCGGCAGCAUUGCCCACGGCGUCUGGGUGCUGAAGGGCUGUUGGCUUUGUCGGUGUGGCUUUGGUACACUGCACUGUCUCUCAGAAAUAGUGCAGGGUAACUGUGAACUGAAAUCGGAAACAGAGGAAAUUAUCAGACUGUAUUCUAAUGGCUUAAGAUUACAGCAAACAGUGUUUUCAGUCAUUUGCCUGCUCACCAUCCUCCUGGAGUUCUGCUAGCUGGCAGCUGUGAAACUGGACAAGGGGAAAUACUCAGGGUUGGUAUAACCCUCACCGUGAAUCAUACAUUUCUUCUAUGAAAUACGGAAGACUCUUCUACCUGCAUCUUGGAGGCAGAUUAAGAUGUGUUAGUUUAAGAUGAGAAAACCGGCUUAUUAUAAAUUCAGAUUAUAUGAAUGUGAAGUAUUUAUUAUUAUAUUAUUAUAUUAAUACUGCUAUCAAUGUCUGAUUCUAAUGAUUCUUUUAUUUCCAAAAUACCGCUCUUCCAGUGGAAGCAAACCCCCCCAAUAUUUUAUGC